CAGCCGCAUCAUGCAGCAGCCGCCGGCUCCAGCGGCCGCCCUCCUGCUGGUCCUGCUGGCCACAGCCUCCUCGCAGACUCUGCUCCACAGAACCCGAGAGGAGGCUUCCCAGUUCCUUCGCCAGAGGCACCGCCGAGCCUUCCAGGUCUUCGAAGAGGCCAAGCAAGGUCACCUGGAACGGGAAUGUGUGGAAGAGCAUUGCAGCAAGGAAGAAGCCCGGGAGGUGUUCGAGAACGACCCUGAGACGGACUAUUUUUACCCGAAAUACUUGGCAUGUAUUAAAACGUAUGGCUCAAGAAGUCCAGAUUUCCAUACAUGUGUGCAUAAUCUGCCAGAUCAGUGUUCACCUAACCCAUGUAGUAAAGAAGGUACUAAAUCAUGUGAAGAUAAGAAGGGUGGAUUCUUUUGCCAUUGCAAAGAAGGGUGGCAAGGAGAAAGAUGUGAACAAGAUAUUGAUGAGUGUCUUAAGAGGAAUGGUGGCUGCAUGCAGAUCUGUUUCAACAAGCAAGGCAGCUAUCGCUGUUCUUGUUAUAGUGGCUACGCUCUUCAGAAAGACAACAAAACGUGUGAAGAUAUUGAUGAAUGCACAGUAUUGCCAGGCAUCUGUGGAGAAGCUCAGUGUAAAAAUUUAAUAAGUUCUUAUUCAUGCUUCUGUGAUGAAGGCUACAAAUUUGAUGAUGUAAGAAAGCAUUGCCAAGAUGUGGAUGAAUGUGCACAUAACUUUUGUGAGCAAACUUGUGUCAAUUCACCAGGAAGUUACACCUGCCACUGUAACGGAAGAGGAGGAGUUAAGCUUUCCAGUGACAUGAAUACCUGUGAGGAUAUUUUGCCUUGUGUAUCUUUUGCUGCUGAAAAAAGCAUUAAGACACUCUACCUUGGAAGAAUGUUUAGUGGCACACCUAUUAUCAAACUACGUUUUAGAAGGAAACAACAUACGAGAUUUGUGGCUGAGUUCGACUUUAGAACCUUUGAUCCCGAAGGCGUCAUUUUCUUUGCUGGAGGCCAUAAAGACAGUACGUGGAUAGUUUUGGCUUUGCGUAAAGGCCGGUUAGAACUGCAGCUGAAGUACAAUGGUGUAGGCCGUGUAACCAGCAGUGGGCCAAUUAUCAACCAUGGAAUGUGGCAGACGAUAUCUGUUGAAGAACUAGAGAGAAGUUUGGUUAUAAAAGUCAAUAAGGAUGCAGUUAUGAAGAUUGCUGCCUCGGGAGAUCUGUUUACUCUGGACAAAGGACUGUAUCAGCUACACCUAACAGUGGGAGGCAUUCCUUUUAACGCCAACCAUCUUGUACAACCAAUUAACCCUCGAAUAGAUGGCUGCAUGCGGGCCUGGAGCUGGCUGAAUGGUGACGAUCCAGCUAUCCAAGCAACAGUGAGAUUGAAUAAUAAGAUGCAGUGCUUCAGUGUAGCAGGAAGAGGCUCUUUCUACCCUGGCAAUGGUUAUGCUGUCUUUAAUCUCAGUUACACACAACCUCAUGGCAAUAAUGAAACCAGGAAGAAAUGGGAAGUAAAAAUAAACCUUCUAAUGCGUCCAGCUACAGAUACCGGGGUGCUCUUUGCCCUAGUGAACAAUGAAGCAACAGUCCCUUUGUCAGUUGCUCUUAUUGAUUAUCAUUCUACAAAAAAACUUAAACAACAGUUCAUUGUUCUGGCAGUGGAGAACACAGUGGUAUGCAGACUGGUGGUAAAUAUUUGUGAUGAGCAGGAGCACUUGGUCGAUAUUGCGAUCAGCCGCAGCCAGAUAUUGCUCACCGUGGAUGGGACUGCUGGACAGAGUGAGCUAAGCAAUUCCCAACUAGAAGAGAACCUGACCAUCUUGGACGAUUAUUUGCAGUCAUCUGUAAAGACCUACGUGGGAGGAUUACCAGAUGUUCCUGUCACUUCAACUCCAGUCACCGCUUUCUACCAUGGUUGCAUGACGGUGAAAGUUAAUCAGCAAACCCUGGAUCUGGAUGAGGCUCUUGACAAGUCCAAUGAUAUCACAUCUCAUUCUUGUCCUCCAGUAGAGACUGCUCACUAGACACAAUUG